GCAGUUCCGCGGCGCUAAAGGGCUGCGAGGGUGCGCGCGCGCGCGGGCGCGCGCCUUCCUGCCGUCUCCUCUCCUCUCCUCUUCUCCUCCUCCUCCUCCCCCUCCCCGUCCGUCGCCGCCAUGAUAGUGUUUGUCAGGUUCAACUCCAGCCACGGCUUCCCCGUGGAGGUUGGGUCUGAAGCCAGCAUCCUCCAGCUGAAGGAGGUGGUUGCCCAGCGACAGGGAGUUCCAGCUGACCAGCUGCGGGUGAUCUUCGCAGGGAGGGAGCUCAGCAAUGACCUGACACUGCAGAACUGUGACCUAGCCCAGCAGAGUAUCGUUCAUAUUGUUCAGAGGCCACAGAAGAGCAGUAAGAACAAGGAUGAGGCAGAAGAUAACUGUCCUGGGGGGAUUCUGAAAGCCUUGCAACAAGAACCUGCAAGUCUGACUCGUGUAGAUCUCAGUACCAGCAUCCUGCCAUCACUCUCUGCGGGGUUGGCUGUUAUUCUGGAUACUACAAAAAACAGCACGUCUCCUCCUUCAGAAAAAUCAGGUGCAACUGGAUACAAUAGUUUUUAUGUUUUUUGCAAAAAUUUCUGCCAAGCUGUUAAACCUGGGAAGCUGAGAGUCCGCUGCAGUGUGUGUAAACAAGGAACACUGACGUUGGCGAGGGGUCCAUCUUGUUGGGAUGAUGUGCUGGUUUCCAAUCGAAUGAGAGGUGUUUGCCAGUCCCAAAGAUGCAAUGGAAACAUAGCGGAGUUUUACUUUAAAUGUGGAGCACACCCAACCACUGACAGUGAAACAUCUGUGGCUUUGUACCUCGUUACAACAAACAGUCGCUGUAUCCCUUGUAUAACAUGCACCGAUAUUAGGAGUCCUGUGCUUGUGUUCCAGUGCAUCCAUCGCCAUGUCAUCUGCCUGGACUGUUUCCAUUUGUACUGUGUGACCAUGCUGAAUGACCGUCAGUUCAUCCAUGACCCAGAGCUUGGAUAUUCUCUCCCUUGUGUAGCUGGCUGUCCAGACUCUUUGAUUAAAGAGCUUCAUCACUUCAGGAUUCUGGGAGAAGAACAGUACAACCGCUACCAGCGCUAUGGGGCCGAGGAGUGCGUGCUGCAGAUGGGAGGAGUGCUGUGUCCAACUCCUGGAUGUGGAGCAGGCCUGCUUCCUGAGCCAGGAAUGAGGAGAAUUGUAUGUGAGCCAGGCAACGGAAUGGGCUGUGGGUUUGUGUUCUGCCGUGAAUGCAAAGAAGAAUACCACGAAGGCAAAUGCAGCUCUCUCCUCAGCAUGCACGGAGCCAUGGCCCAGAAGGGAUACGUAGUCGAUGAACAUGCAGCCAUGCAAGCUCGAUGGGAAGAGGCAUCUAGAGAAACAAUCAAGAAGACAACCAAGCCAUGUCCAAGCUGCAAUAUUCCAGUAGAAAAAAAUGGUGGCUGCAUGCACAUGAAAUGUCCUCGCCCUCAGUGCAGAUUUGAGUGGUGCUGGAACUGUGGCCUGGAGUGGAACAGAACCUGCAUGGGAGAUCAUUGGUUUGAGUAGUGGUGCUGAGGACAGCCUAUGUCAUCAGGGCCAAAUUCUGAACUCCUUGCUUAAACAAAUCUCCAAGUGGUUUCAGGUACACAGAGUUCAGAAAUUGGCCCAGUUUGUUGGUUUUUGCUUUCUUGCAUACACAAUCAUACUCAAAUCACACUGAAGUUAAUGCCAAGGGCUUUAAAUCCACUAAGCAACAAAUGUAAUUGUUUUAAUGGGCAGUCUUGCUCACUGUGGUACAAAGAGGGGUACAUUCUUCCUUAUCUUUCUGAACUUGUGUAGUCUGUUAGCACAGAGAGCAUAUAGGAUUACUAUGAGGAAAUUUUCUUCACAUUUAUUGUCAGGAAUCUGCAACUUUUGCAAGAAGAGUGGCCUGCGUUGUGUGUGUGAGUGUCAAGAAGGAGUGGCGGAUGGGUCCUGCAUCAGCUGCUUUUUCUUUGACCACUCCUUUGCUCAUUCAGCACAAUUUUUUACUUAGAUUUUUGAUUUUAUGGCAGUAUUUCUUAACAGCUUUUUUGGCAGAGGAAAGACUGUGGCUCUUUGGUGUUUUCUCAGGUUUCCUUCCUCACAGGAAGGAGGGGUUUUGCUUUCAAACCAAAUUCUCAUAGAAAUAUCCAGCCUUACGCUGUAUUUGUGCAUGGGUAUCUGCAACAUAUGACCCGAAACCUGUCUAUGUACUUAUUAUUGACUUUGUCACCAUUGAAAGACUAGCUAAGGAUACAGUUUCAGCACUAGUCAGGACUUCUGUUGUAGUGGUGGCUGGAUCUGACUCAGCAUCGUGCAAGCUGGACUCACAGGGCUUAAUUUUUUCUUAUUUUUACCUCAACAUUUUGGAUAUGGCAAAGGGAGGCAGGAGGAGACUUCUCAGGGGGUUUUCUCUACCAUCGUUAUACUAAAUUGAAUCAGAGUGUGGGCAAAGCUCUGAAAAUACAUAGCUCAAAGAGUGUGAGGCAGAUGAACUUCUUUCAUUUUACGUUAGCACAGUAAGUAAAACUUAGUGGAGUUUUCAAGCCUGAACCAUCUUGGUAUGGUGUGCUUUAUUUUUCUGUCUCAUUGUGAAAUGAAAUGUCCACUGUUCACAUCCAAAAUGCUAUGUAAGGAUUUGCACAAUUCAGUUUUGAGGAAACAACGCACAAUAAAUAAAGUGGUCAAAAGUUUAAA